AUGGGGGCUAUUGUAUUUGGGAAGACAUCCAGACUUCAAAUAGAGGCAGUGAGGAGACUUUGUACUAAGCAACAAAGUGAAACGCCGGAUGCAAUAUCAAGGCCUGAUGUUUGGCUUCGUGCGUAUGAAGCAAAGCAAAAGCAAGGGUCAACUGAGGAAGCUGUGGAUUCAGAAAUAGUGAAACAAGUGAAAAAGUACAAGGAAGAAGAAGAAACAGUUUCUGGACCAUCUUCUAUAAAGAAUGAUGCUGUUGUGAAAGUACUUGGUCCAGAUCCACGAGGACGAGUAAGAGGGUAUGGGUUCGGUGCGCUAACUUCAAAAGUUGAUGCUCAAUCACAUGUAAGUAACAAGGUCACAAUGUUAGAGAAUGCUCUUGCUGCUCAAACACAAGUGGUAGACAACUUGCAAGAGAUGAUGAGAGGCCUUUGUGCUCGGCUAGACCAAGGAGGAAUUAACAAUGAACACACUAGUGCACAACAAUCUGCUACUGAGAUUGGAAAUAGAAAACGUAAAGAAAAUCCAUGUGUUAGAAGUACUGGUAGUGAUAUAGCACAGAGCAAACAGAAAGAUGCAAGUGUUAGAAGUUCUUAUAAUGAGAUAGAAAAUGGCAGCCCAAUUCAGCAAAGUUUUAAUGGAAAGAAGCAACUUUCUAGACAAGAUAACCCAAAAAAGGUCCAGAAGACAGAUUUGGGGAAACAAGUGCAGUUGUUAAGUUGGUUUGCUAAAGAAGUAGUUGUUGCAAGUGCUAGUAUUAUAUCAAAAGAUCCACAAGUUGAGGUGCAUCAUGUGCCUCUUGGCCAUGAUUGUUGGAAAGUAUCGGUGCAUGAAGUUUUUCAUGAUAUAGCCUUGUAUCGCUCCCCAAGUGAGUUUAGUAAACUUUAUGCAUCCACAAGAAGUAUGAUUGCAUGGCCUAUCAAGUACAUCAAAGUGAAUUAGGCAUUUUGGAGGUAAUUGCUUCUAUUUGCUUAUGAUACAUUAAUUGCUGAAUUAGAAUUUUAGCUGCAUG